UCUAACGGGCCCCUCUAGAUGAAAAGCUCAUAGCUAAUGGAGUAGCUUCCACGCUAGUGUUUUGUUCCAUCCUUCUUAAAAGCCAAAGUCCUAAAAUUUUGGGUUGGUUAUGUGGAUGGGCCACGUACAUUCUCAAUUCAUAUUUAGUUGUUCUAGUUGUUGCUGCUCACCUUUAUAUUCUGAGUGAAUAUGCUUACUGUCUUUGCAUGAAAACUUCGAACUUUAUACGUAACAUAUUCUUUUCCUUUAUGAUUGACCUUCCAAGUUCCAACUGAUUUUUUUUUUUUUUUUUUGAUACAUCCAACUGAGUUUUCUUACUUCUUUUAAUCAUUAAAAUUUUUCAAUAGCUUCUCUUGCUUCAUAUAGUUUUAAGUGUAGUUAAAUUUAGAUAAAACCAAGGGCCCCAAGGUUCUAACGGAAAAGGCAUACUUAGAUUUCUAUUGUUUGUAAUGGCUUUCAUGAACUUGGAUAGACAAAUCAUUGGUGGGAUUGUGCCCGCAAUAUUGACAAUCUCAAUCUUAGUGGGAAUGUGCUCUGCACAAAUUGUUCCUGCUAUUUUUGUUUUCGGGGAUUCAUUGCUUGAUGCUGGAAAUAAUAACUACAUUUUAACACUCUCUAAGGCUAAUUAUGUCCCCAAUGGGAUUGAUUUUGGAAUGCCAACAGGACGAUUCACAAAUGGAAGAACAAUUACUGACAUUAUAGGUCAGGAAUUGGGCUUUAAAGACUUCACUCCACCAUACUUGGCUCCCACUACAACAGGAUCUGUGGUUCUGCAGGGUGUCAAUUAUGCUUCUGGUGCAAGCGGAAUUCUUAAUCACACUGGAAAGCUCUUUGGAGGCCGAAUAAACAUGGACGCGCAGAUAGAUAAUUUUGAAAACAGCAGGCAAGACAUUAUCUCAAGCAUUGGAGCUCCUGCAGCACUAACAUUGUUAGGAAAAGCAAUCUUCUUUGUUGCGAUGGGCUCAAAUGAUUUCAUCAAUAACUACCUGACACCUGUCAUCUCUGCUGCUGAGCAGAAGUUGAUCACUCCAGAAGUAUUUGUUGGUACCAUGAUUUCAAGAUUCAGGCUACAACUAACGAGGCUUUACAAUUUGGGUGCUAGGAAGAUUGUUGUUUCAAGUGUUGGACCCAUUGGGUGUAUACCUUUUGAAAGGGAUGCCAAUCCAGCUGCAGGGGACAACUGUGUUAGUUUGGCAAAUCAGUUGGCUCAAUUAUUCAAUGCUGAGCUGAAAAGCCUUAUCACAGACCUCAGCACUGAUCUUAAGGAAUCAAAAUUUGUCUACGCAGAUUCUUAUAGCAUAUUAGAAGAUAUCCUGCAAAACUACAUUUCCUAUGGUUUUGAGAAUGCGAAUUCCGCAUGCUGCUAUCUUGCUGGGCGCUUUGGGGGUUUGAUUCCAUGUGGUCCUCACUCAAAAAUUUGUAGUGACAGAUCCAAGCAUGUGUUUUGGGACCCAUAUCAUCCUUCUGAAGCUACUAAUCUUCUCACUGCAAGGCGUCUCUUGGAUGGUGAUACCAAUGACAUUACACCUAUGAACAUCAGGCAACUUGCUCGAUUGUGACCCAAAGUCUAACGAUUUUAACGGGAUGCAUUCAAAGAUUGUUUUGAAAAGAGUUAGUAGGAGAUUAGUACUCUUUGAAUGACAAUAACUGGCGUAUUUUAUGGGAAUUUAUCAGAAAGAAUAAAUAGACGUGCCAUAAGAAUAGUGACAAAGAAGCUUAUGGAAAACUAUAUAAUAUUUUUAGGUGUGUUGUAUUGUUCUAGUUUUCUCACUAUCAAAUUAUUCUUAGAGGUUUCUCGGUGUAGACGGAGGAUGUUACUCCACACCUGUACUCUGUUCUUUUUGUUGACCACGGCUGAUUUUCUUUCAAUGAAAUUCAGUCUUUCUUCUUAAAAAAAGAUUAUUCUUAGAGA